UGGUGGGUGCCAAUAUGCAAGUUGCCAUUGUGAGUGAUACAGGCCCUUUGGACUCUUGUUUUCUGUUUGAUGUCUUUCUUAAUGUGCAUGUCUCUUUUCAGGUAUAAAAGAAACAAUUCAAAAUGGCCACAAAAGAAGUAGUCACAGAAAAUGAAGAGGAAGCCUUUGGCGCCCAAAAUGAGUUGGCUUCGUAUCUGGAUGAUGAGCUUGAGGAGGCAGAGUUCAAUAAACUGAAGAGUCUGUUUAGGAAAUGUCCAAUUCCUCCAAGAAAACUUCAGAAUAUCAAAACUAUGACAGAUCUAUUUCAACAACUUGAGAAUGAUCAGAAAAUAUCUGUGGGAAACUACAAGUUUUUUACAGUAAGAUUGGAAAAAAUUCAGUCUAGGCUGGCUACUGAAGUGCAAAGAAGAGAGAGAAGGAUUAAAGAUAUCCUGAAUAGCGGUCCAUCACCAGCCAAACAACAGAGAACAGGAGAUGAAAUCCAACAACAACCUCCAGGUUUGUUAUUAACUCACCUGGUCCAAAGGACCAAUUAGCUUAUGCUACGGCACAGUGGCCAUCAUCCGACGUCCCUUAAUUAACAUUUCUUAAUUUCCAGCUUGUCCUUAUUUUUCUUUUCUUAUUAAAUUGGGUCUGGAUUGUUAUUUGGUGAAGGGGAUCAAAUAUUAUACAUAUUUGAAGGAUGUGGCUCCCCAGGGACCCAGUUACAGGAAAGGCACUGAUUGUCAUGAAUGAGUGAGUGGAUUUUGACUAAAUUUGGUCAGAUGCAUCUUUUUGGGAAAGGGAACAAAUUUGCACUAAUGGUAACUAGGCAUGACCCUAUAUAUAGGGGAAAUAGAAGUCUAAACAGCUGAAUGGA